AUGCUCCCUCUGUUGAUUUCAUCCCUGGCAGCUAUCUGCACACCUGUUGCUGCGAUAGCUGCGGGCCUAUCCGCGUGUUCAAAUAUAACUUCACAGCUGGGCUCAUCCAAAGUCAACAGCAACGAGUAUAGUUCAAACUACAUCGAAAGCACAGAAUACUGGAACACACUUCAGGAUGCAUACAAACCUUCUUGUAUUGUUUAUCCAGAAUCAGCAUCAGAUGUUUCCGUGGCCAUCCAAGCAAUUCGAGCGGCUGAUAGUCGUUUCGCGAUCAAGGCUGGUGGACAUAACCCAAAUACAUUCUACUCGUCCGUCAAUGAAGGUGUACUUCUGGAUUUGAGUAGUAUGACAAAAAAAUCUUACGAUCCCGAUACAACACUCGCCACCUAUGAGCCAGGGGGUGUUUUUGGCGACCUGUAUGACUAUUAUGUCCAGUUCAAUCGGACUGUAGUCGGUGCGCGACUAGCGGGAGUUGGGACAGGCUUGGCUCUAGGAGGUGGUAUGAGCUACCUUUCUCCUCAAUACGGCAUGGCUUGUGAUUCCUUUCGGGAGCUCGAAAUUGUUCUCCCCGACGGUCAAAUUGUAACCGCGUCUGAAGAAUCCAACCCUGAUCUAUUCUUCGCAUCCAGAGGGGGCGGUGGGAAUGCAUAUGGAGUUGUGACGAAGUAUACCGUCCAAAGUCGCCCAAUUGGUCAGUUGUGGGCAGGAAAUCUUAUCUAUCUUUUCUCACAGAAGGAUAAUGUCAUUGCGGCAAUUGGAGACUUCAUCAAAUAUAAUACCGAUCCUAAGGCCGCCAUCAUCGGUACAUAUGAAAAGUUACCAACCCCAGAUUUGAAUCUGAAUCUGGAUGAGGCUAUAAUCAUGUUCCUUGUCUAUGAUGGUCCCGAUCCAGGCAAUGCAUUUUCGAACUUCACCAGUAUACCAGCACUACUUGACACCACUGGGAUUAAGACAUAUCCCGAAGUAGUCAAUAUGCCUAUUCCAAUGUCUACAGAGCUUUCACGAGGAAAUAACAUGUUCCGUGUUGGUGUCCAUCGCCCAGAAAAUGGGUCAUAUGAGAAUGCUCUCAACAUUUGGCGCAAUUGGGCCGAGUCAAAUAAGGGUAAAUAUGAGUUGCUUUCAUUGGAUUUCCAACCGGUUCCCAAAAGCCUGACGGACGCGAGCAAGGCACAAGGUGGAAAUGCGAUGCAAAUGCCCGAUGGCCCUUGGUUUUGGUUGAAUUACCUCAUUACGACUCCUAUUGGCAUGAGCGAGCCAGAUUAUGAGGCUGUCCAAGCUAGCUACCGGGAUAUGGUCGCAUCAACGACCAAUGCUGAAGGUCUUCCACUAUUUAUCAAUGAUGCGAAUUAUGAUCAGAACCCCUUGCAAACAUUCUCUACCUUUUCGAAAUUACAGGAGAUCAAGAAGAAAUAUGAUCCUGAGAACUUUUUCGCCGAGAAGACCGGGGGCUGGUCAUUUGCAUAA